AUGGUUGUGGACCAACAGUCCUGGUCGAGUGAAGCUUUGCCACUGGUAGGCGCAACCAUCCGAGUCGAAGAAGAAAAACAGCAGGAAGAUGGUAUGCGCUCGAACGGUAACGUGGUCCAAGAAGCAGAGGAGGAGGAGCAGGAUGUCAGCAUCAUGACAAACCCAGUAUUUGCUCUACAGAGAUCUACUAGUAUCCCCCGGGAUAUUCCCGCCCCUCUCACUGGAACAAGGAAAGAAGGCGCGGCUACGAGUGCUGGAACUCAAGCCCGCAACACGGAAAGCGGACGCGUAGGCACAGCGCAUGAAGGCGUGGCGACGAUUCAAGACCAUGUUCGUGCGGGCGACAGUCAAGUUGCCACCGCAAAGAUCAACAAGACAGCAAUAUGGAUAUUGAUUGCCUAUGCCCUGUUUGCUGCCGGGUACAUGUGCCGAGAGCUUCAACUUGGUAUCCUGAAUACAGCCACACUCACCAAGGAAGAUGUUCUCAGAAUCAGCCAGAAGCAGAUUGAUGAGACUUUGCGUCAAGCCACUGUUUCUGGGCGCACAGAGGAAGAUAUUUUGUCGAUUUUCAACCAGCGGUUCCAGGAGACUUUGCAGAAAGCCACUGUCUCAGAGCUCACAGAGGAAGAUGUUCUCAGAAUCAGCCAGAAGCAGAUUGAUGAGGUUUUGAGUCAAGCCACUGUUUCUGGGCUCACAGAGGAAGAUGUUGUUUCGAUUUUCAACCAGCAGAUCAAGGAGACUUUGCAAGAGGUGAAAUCACCCGGAUCCAUCAAUGAAGACAUCAUUCAGGUUGUCAAGCAGCAAGUCCAGUUGGCUUUGGAAGAAGCCAAUGGCUUCGGAACGACUUGCAAUGACGCACGUGCUACAAGGCACGACAGCAAAGGUCUGGUUGCAGCUUGCCUUUGUUGUUUUGGCCGCAUUCCUGUGUAG